AUGUCUGAAAUUUUAUGCAAAAUACAUCGUGAAAUAUCUUACAUAGAAGAUUCAAAUAAUUCAUUUCAUACCCUUGACCUUUAUCUUCCACCACAAAGUAAGUAUCGUAAUAAUACCAAUGAAGAAAUAACUACAACCACGACAAAUCUUCCAUCACUUCUAGUGUGGAUACACGGCGGUGCCUGGCGUACAGGAGACAAAAAAGAACACGCCUUGACCGCUGAAAAACUUUCAAAACUUGGUAAUAUUGCAGUCGCAGUAAUUAAUUAUCGUUUAAACCCACAAACUUUUACUCCCGACGGGAUAAAACACCCAGCACACAUAAGGGAUGUUGCCAGUGCAUUAAAAUUUCUUUCUAAGAAAGGUGACGCGUUUAAUUAUAAUUCCGAAAAAAUCUAUGUAUUGGGGCAUAGUGCUGGUGCGUUUAUGACUGGACAACUUGUCUUUUGCCCAGAAUAUAUUGAUGAUGAGGUGUACGCGCGAAUUCGCGGCGUCAUAGGAACGGAAGGAAUUUACGAUAUUCCGAGAUUGUUAACCAUAUGGCCUACUUAUAUUGAUUUUAUUGAGGCUGCGUUCGGUAAAGACGAAAAAGUUUAUAAAGACGCAUCGCCUCAAUACCGUUCGUUAAAAAGAUUCAAUGAUGAACAUGUGAAAAAAAGAACCCCGCCUCCCUAUUUAAUUAUCUAUUCGUAUGAAGAUGGGCUUGUUGAUUUUGAGCAGUCGCGUAAUUAUCAUCAACAUAUUUGUGAUGAGGGUGGCGUUUAUGUGGAAAUUGAAACUAAUUUACUCGGAAAACACGAUGAAAUUUUGGAGACUGAAGCAUUGCAUAAAAGAAUCAUCGAGUUUAUUUCAAAAUUUGAAUAA